CUGCGAGUGGCCUUCCCCACGCUGUUGUUUUGUGUCUGGGCAGAAGGCUUCCCAGUGUUGUGGCAAGUUGCAAAGAGAGCCAGAGGUCUGGGUGGGCCGAGUGCCUCCCUCUGCUCAGUUCUUCCUGCUGCUUUCAGCACCUGGCUGAAAUCCCAGAGAAUUCCACUAAGGCCUGGGGUCUGGCGGCCAACACCUGGUCCCCAAAGCCACUGGGGAGCCCUGCAGCACAGGGCACUGGGAAGGACUGAGAGGGAGAUCUGGGCAGUGGCAGCAUGGCGAGAUUUCCCAGGGCUGACCUGGCCACUGCAGGAGUUGUGUUGCUUUGCCACUUUUUAAUGGACCCAUUUCAAUUCGCUGAAGGGGAGCCUGGAAACCAGAUCAAAGAUUGGCAGUAUCAAGUGGCUCAAGUCCUCCCACAAACAAGAGAGGACGUGGAGGUGAAUACACACGUGUUCAGCCACCGGUGGAAAAGGAGCUUGGAUUCCCACAAGGCAGUAGACACAAACCGAGCAAGCAUGGACCAGGACUCUCCAGAGCCUAGAGGCUUCACAGACCUGCUGCUGGAUGAUGGGCAAGACAACACCACGCAGAUCGAGGAGGACACUGAUCACAACUACUACUUAUCCCGUAUAUAUGGUCCAUCGGAUUCUGCCAGUCGUGAUUUGUGGGUGAAUAUAGACCAAAUGGAAAAGGACAAAGUGAAGAUUCAUGGUAUAUUGUCCAAUACUCAUCGGCAAGCUGCAAGAGUGAAUCUGUCCUUCGAUUUCCCAUUUUAUGGCCAUUUCCUACGUGAAAUCACUGUGGCAACUGGGGGUUUCAUAUACACUGGAGAAGUCGUACAUCGAAUGCUAACAGCAACACAGUACAUAGCACCUCUAAUGGCAAAUUUUGAUCCCAGUGUGUCCAGAAACUCAACAGUCAGAUAUUUUGAUAAUGGCACAGCGCUUGUUGUCCAGUGGGACCAUGUACAUCUUCAGGAUAACUACAACCUGGGAAGCUUCACGUUCCAGGCAACCCUCCUCAUGGAUGGACGUAUCAUCUUUGGAUACAAAGAAAUUCCUGUCUUGGUCACACAGAUAAGUUCGACCAAUCACCCAGUCAAAGUGGGGCUGUCUGAUGCCUUUGUGGUUGUCCACAGGAUCCAGCAAAUUCCCAAUGUUCGAAGAAGAACAAUUUAUGAAUAUCAUCGAGUAGAACUACAAAUGUCAAAAAUUACCAACAUUUCAGCUGUGGAAAUGACCCCACUUCCUACAUGCCUCCAGUUUAAUGGUUGCGGCCCCUGUGUAUCUUCUCAAAUUGGCUUCAACUGCAGUUGGUGUAGUAAACUUCAAAGAUGUUCCAGUGGAUUUGAUCGUCAUCGGCAGGACUGGGUGGACAGUGGAUGCCCUGAAGAGUCAAAAGAGAAAAUGUGUGAGAACACAGAGCCAGUGGAAAGUUCUUCUCAAACCACCACAACCAUGCAAGCAACAAGCACACGCUUCAGGGUGCUAACAACCACCAGGAGAGCAGCCACCUCCCAGCUGCCCACCAGCCUACCCACAGAAGAUGAUACCAAGAUAGCACUACAUCUAAAAGAUAAUGGAGCGUCUACAGAUGACAGUGCAGCCGAGAAGAAAGGGGGCACCCUUCAUGCUGGUCUCAUCGUUGGAAUCCUUAUCCUGGUCCUCAUCAUAGCAGCAGCCAUCCUCGUGACAGUCUACAUGUACCACCACCCCACGUCAGCAGCCAGCAUUUUCUUCAUUGAGAGGCGUCCAAGCAGAUGGCCGGCAAUGAAAUUUCGAAGAGGUUCUGGCCAUCCUGCCUAUGCUGAAGUCGAGCCAGUCGGAGAGAAAGAAGGUUUUAUUGUGUCAGAGCAGUGCUAAAAUUUCUAGGACAGAACAGCACCAGUGCUGGCUUACAGGUGUUAAGACUAAAAUAUUGCCUAUACCUUUAAGACAAACAAGCAAACACAGACACACAAUACACAUAUAGAGGAGCCCUAAGCUGCUGUAGCCUGAAGGAGACAAGAUUUGGGGGCAAGCCCAACCCAGGAGGGAGUAAAAGAAAAACCUAAAACAUGUACAAGAUACCAUUCCCCACUGACAUAAAAUUCCUUAGUGGAAUGACAUCAAUAAUUCACUCAGAACACCUGGGGACUUACCAGAAGACAAGAUCGCAGUGCUAUUGGCUUCGGUGCAGGGUUGCAAAGUGACCUGGGGGAAAAAUACUAAAACUGCAUAUGGAUCCCAGUUCAAGCCCCCGGCUCCCCACCUGCAGGGGAGUCACUUCACAGGCAGUGAAGCAGGUGUCUUUCUCUUUCUCUCUCUGUCUUCCCCUCCUCUCUCAAUUUCUCUCUGUCCUAUCCAACAACGAUGACAUCAAUAACAACAAUACAACAACAAGGGCAACAAAAGGGAAAAUAAAUAAAUAUUAAAAAAUAAUUCAAAAAAUACUAAAGCUUUAGUUCUCAAGGGAUCUACAGCUUUGGUUCCAGCAAUCUUCUCUGAUAUCUCAAAGAGAACUGUGUCCCAAAGACAGAGCCCUUUCACCCAGGAGAGCCAUCUCCAUACCAGACAUGUAACCAAAGGAUUUGGUUUUUCUGAUGUAAAUUGACCUGUUCCAACAAGCCUAGUACUUUACUGGAUGAAUCUUUGCUCUGUCCAGGAGACUCAAACUAUGCCUCCCUUUUCCUUGUUAAUAAAAUGCCCUAAGUUCUGUAGAAGAAUAUCCAAAUUUUUAGCUGAGGUUUGGGAAAGGGGGAGGCAGAAAAUGAGUCUUUGGGGUUCCCUCACCUCAAAAUAAGUCAUCUGAUUUGUUUCAAGAAGCCUUGCCUCCACUUCCCAACUGAGAAGUCCAAUGAAGCCGCACUUGCUCUUAGCUGAGGAAACAGCAGGACUGGGAAGAAUUGCUAAGUCAUUUCUGAAGCAAAGAGUCUGAGGGACUCCAGACAUAUGUUUUUUUGUUUGUUUGUUUGUUUGUUUGUUUAAACUUUUUGCUAUCUCAAUACUAAAGGCCAUUUCACUGUCGAUCCCUGCGGAAGAAGUCACACAUCAACAUCUCCCUGGCAACAGAAAGAAUGAAAGAACCCUGAGUCAUACAGUACUUUUCUUUAAAGCACAUAGUAGUUACAUAAAUAUAUAUAUAAAUCUAUUUUUGUUUAUAACUAACACAAGGCAGGCUCUUGUGACUCUGAGUGCAUUUUGUCGCCAAGACAAAACAAAUGCAAGAUGCAAUACUGCAUACAUCCACAGAGUUGUAAAAUAGUCCUUAAUAGUAGAAUAUUUUUAUGUCACUUAGCAAAAUGGUUCACUGUGUGAUAGGACCGGUCGUGUCCCUGCCGAUGUGAGCCUCUCUGUACCCACUCUUCCCUCCCUGGCUAAAUAGUGCAGGUGCAGAAAGCUCUUCAGAUGGACCUGUCCUUUGCUCACUAGCCAUAAUCCAGACUCUGCAGUUUCCCCAGCAAUGAAGAAAGGAAAGCAUCUCUUGAGGAAGAAAGCAGCUAACGCAGGAGCUCCUAAAGCCGGAAAUCAGGUCCUGCAUGUACAGCUCCAUCAGCCUCUCAACCCAGAGACUUCAGGUCCUGUGUUAAGAAGCUGCUGGGUAGGGCAGGGUGUCCACCAUUCACAGACUCGGGUGGCAGGAAGCAGAGCCACCACCUAGGCAUCAUUAUUCACAGCUUAGCAUCUGGACACACUGCCAGCACUGAAUGGCAUCAGUCCACUAAGCCAGUAUCAAAGCCUCACAACUGCCUGAUGUAAUCUAGUGGCAUUUUCCAUCAUAUAUAUUUUGCUUUACAUUUUUAAGUGCCCCGGUGAGGGUAGUAAUAUUUCUUCCUAAUCUACUUAGCUAUUAUUUGCGAGCAAACUGGCCAAGCAAGGUAAUAGAAGAUUGUGAUGACAAUCUCUCUGCUGUAGCUGCAUUCAGUGUAUUUGGAGUAGACCAACUUGUUUCUGGUGGAGCAGGUUGGCUCAGAUAGCAAUAACCAAAUGACUUGCCAAUGUAUCUGGUGCAACUGACAUUACACAAAGAAGAACAGAGACGACUCCUUUAAGGAUAAGAUGAUGCUAUUUCACUAGCUUCCGUGGUAGGUGUGGCUUCCGAUAGGAUAGCAGCAGAUUGACCGUUACAUAAAUUCUGCAUAUAUAUUCAGCUACUUUAUACCUUCUGGAGAUCAUCUUCCAUUCAAAUGAACCAGAUUUUUUUUUAAAAUAUAAAAUUUAGUUUAGUUAGCAAAAGCACUAAGUAAAAGGGAAAACUUUUCAGAAGGAAAAAGGCUACUGAACUAUGGAGAAACUUCCAAACAGAGCAGAGUGUCAAAGGUGGUGAGAAGUCCUGUUCCCUGUGGACAUCUAGGUGCAGGUUUGAUUCUACCUUACACUUCUGAUUUAUUUUAGGUUCCCAUUUAUUGCAAAGGAAGAGCAAAUAUACAUAAAACUUGUGGAAAUUCAGAACAGACUCUGCUGCUUUGUACUUUCAUCCAUCACUUUAGAAUGAUGCAUCUGCUGUCAUUACCUUAAUAUGGCACAGCUAGAGUAGCAAUGUCAAUCUUAAAUCAAGAACAGCCAGGGGCGUACACACUUUGAGAAAUCAUCUAAAUGGUGCUGUAGAGGAAGUUAGUCUUUGCAUCUGAUUUCUUUAUAAAAUACUCAAAGGACUUGAUAGGAUAUUAAAAUCAAGAGACAUACCUUACACCAUGCAGGUGGUACUGAUCACUCGGUGACUUUUAAUAAAGGGUUCAUGCUUCAAAUUAUACUAGCAAACCAAAAGCUCAAGAUAAAUGCACCUCCAAAUAAUAUUUUACUUUGUUACCUGUGGUUUCUGCUAACCUCUCAAAUGUAGCUUCUAGAGUUGUGCUAUAGCCAAUGUAUCCACUAGCCAAACGUGGCCAUUUAAAUUUUACUCAAAAUUAAAUUGAAAACAUACAGAUGUUCAUCAUAUUAAAUGCAUCUGACUUGUGGCUGCCAUAUUGGAUGACAUGGAGCAUUCCCAGCAUCAGGGACAAUUCUACACAGUUUUGCAGAGGUGUUUCCUCUUCUUGAACAGAAAGAAAGAGGACCAAAGAGCGGGGCGGUGCUUCCUUGGCGUAGCUAAGUGCUUGUUAUCACAGACAGCACGGCUUGGUGAGCACAGCACCAGCUGACACAGCUUUGAGUCUCUACUCUGGUAUUUGGGGGAAAUCACUUUAAAUUUCCACGAGUCUCAAUUUUACAAUUUUGGAAAAUAAAACUAUUUUUGUCCUGGU